GCGAUAUGCUACAACCCUCUCGGGGUCGCCUCGCAACAACGAUUUCCCUGUGUUGUGUUUUCACGAAGAAAACGGCUAUUAUGAUUUAGAGGAAACACCAAGGACAGAAUUACCCGCGUGUCUUUUAUCUCGCAUUUUAUAACUCACUUUUGCGCGUUUAUGUGGCCGUUCGCCUCUUGUUUUAGUGGUUACCAGUUCGUGACAGGCGAACAAACUAGCUAGGUGCUGGCUUGCUAGUCAGUUAGCCAGUGUGUGUCAAACCUGAUCCAGCUGACUUGAACGCAACAUCACACAAUACUGCUGUACGAGACGCAUCUGAUCCGGCUCAGAAGAACUGAAAUGCCCGUCAAACGCGUGUCAUGUUAAUUUGAACGCCUUGUCGAUUCGGAGUUGUUGCUGUGAUUACGCAGUUAGCUGACAGCCAGCCGUGUUGCUGUUGUUGUGUACAUUUUAAUAAACGGUGGUUUGUUCUGAUCGGACUGUGUUGGAGAAAUGGGUUCAAUUCUUAGUCGAAGAAUCGCUGGUGUUGAGGACAUCGACAUCCAGGCCAACUCUGCGUACAGAUACCCUCCAAAAUCAGGAAACUAUUUUGCCAGCCACUUUUUCAUGGGAGGUGAAAAAUUUGACACUCCUCAUCCAGAGGGUUACCUUUUUGGAGAAAACAUGGAUCUCAACUUUCUUGGUAACCGGCCGGUGCAGUUUCCCUAUGUUACUCCAGCGCCGCACGAGCCGGUGAAGACAUUGAGAAGUCUCGUCAAUAUCAGAAAAGACUCGUUGCGAUUGGUCAGGUAUAAAGAUGAUGCUGAUAGUCCUACUGAUGAAGGAGCAAAACCAAGGGCGCUGUAUGGAGUGGAGUUCACCUUCGACUCUGAUGCCCGAGUGGCCAUCACCAUCUACUGUCAGGCUUUUGAGGAGUUCUCCAACGGGAUGGCAAUAUACAGCCCGAAAACCCCUGCGUUGGUCUCUGAAACGGUAUAUUACAAACGAGGGGUUAGCCAGCAGUUUACCCUGCCGUCCUUCAAGAUCGAUUUCUCUGAAUGGAAGGAAGAAGAUCUCAACUUCGAUUUAGACAGAGGUGUAUUUCCCAUGGUGAUUCAGGCUGUGGUUGAUGAAGGAGAUGAUUGUUUGGGACAUGCCCAUGUACUGUUGGCAGCAUUUGAAAGACAUGUCGAUGGCAGUUUCUCAGUCAAACCUUUAAAACAGAAGCAAAUAGUGGACCGCGUCAGCUACUUGUUACAGGAGAUUUACGGAAUUGAGAACAAGAACAAUCAAGAGACAAAGCCAUCCGACGAUGAGAACAGUGAUAACAGUAAUGAGUGUGUGGUGUGUCUGUCAGAUUUGCGGGACACACUGAUUUUGCCCUGUAGGCACCUGUGCCUGUGUAACUCCUGCGCCGAUACUCUGCGUUACCAGGCCAACAACUGCCCCAUCUGCCGACUGCCAUUUCGAGCUCUUCUUCAGAUUCGAGCUGUAAGAAAGAAGCCUGGAGCACUUUCUCCUGUUUCCUUCAGCCCGGUGCUGGCUCAGAGCAUGGAUCAUGAUGAGCACUCAAGCUCAGACUCUGUCCCCCCCGGGUUUGAGCCCAUCUCACUGCUGGAGGCUUUGAACGGUCUUGGUGCUGUGUCCCCCGGCCUUCCGUCCGCCCCUCUGUAUGAUGAGAUCAACUUCUCUGGGAGCCUAAGUGGAGAGAGCAGGCAGCUCAGCUCACCUGACCACUCUGGAGACAGCGGCGGACAGAAGAGCAAAGUCAGCAAGUCACCCGACAGCACUCUACGCUCUCCAUCGUCACCCAUUCAGGAGGAAGAUGAAGAAAAGCUGUCUGAGAUGUCUGACGCACAAGCUCACAUGCUGCUGUCCAGCAGUCCAGCCCCCACUGAGGGUACGGCUGGAGAGGACGCCCCUGACUCACUGUCUCCUGAAGAUGAGGAUCGAUUAAAUUUGGAGGAAGAGGUGAACGACUGCAGCAGUGAACACAGCAGCUUUACCAAAACUGAAAGUGACCCACCUGGAGACCUGUCCCUCCCGGCUCUAGGUCCUGAUUCCUGCUCUAUUGGUUUGGAAGAGUAAUGGGACUGUCUGGCUCAAUGGAAAGUCUGAGCACUCAGAGUACCUGCUGCUCCAGCCAGCCGCUCCUGGGUCCCUCAAGCCGUUUGCACAUGGACGAUGAUGAACUGGAUGUUUAACCAUUUUUCCAUCUCCUCCUUUGUACAGCUCCAUAUGUCUCCACAUUGCAGUUUGGUGCACUUCAAUUCCAGUAUGCCACUUUGAACAUGAUCGACUCUUGUUCCAGGCCUUUCGUUUUUUUAACAUAUGGGCCGAAGAGCUCGUUCUGGUGGUCUGUCAUAUUUCUUGUGCUUGGGUUUUAGGGCUCUAUUUGACCAAGUUGCUUCACCCAAAAUGAUCUUUACAUUAUUCUAACUGCAUUAUUAUCUUUCUUCCAUUAAUCACUAAAGAACAUUUAUUCAUAUUGGAAGUUGAUUUUAAAGUACUUAUUAGGCUUCAGAAAACAGUCAAAUAAAAUUAGUCCUUACUACAUAUCAGAUAAUCAAAUUUUCAGAUGCCAUAUGAAAUAUUUGUGAUGAACGCACUGAUCUCUAAACCGUCUAAUAAUGUCCCCCUCAAAUAGAAAAUGCCUUCAUGGCUCUUUUGGAGCUUCACACUCCGUCGUUUCAUGGUAAAAGAUAAAAUACAGAUUAAAGGCCGUUGCACACUCCAAGUCCAAAAUAUUUGCAUGUUUUUUUUUUCAUAUUCGUCAUCCUUUUUUUUUUUAUCAAAAUGCAAACUACAGAUGUGAAAACACAGGAAAUCGAACCUGAUCAGUUUUUUUUUUAUGACAGACGAAAGUUGGAGGCAACGUGCGGUCGAAUUAAUUUUUUUAUUAUGCAAAAAUCUCUGUGCAAUUACCUUUUAGAAUGAUAAUAAAUAGAUUACAAUUUUCUUUAGUGAAAUGGUUGAUGGUUGUUGCAGAUGAAUUUCCUGCUGAUUUGAGGACACACUCUUAAAAGUCUUUUUUUUGUGUGUUAAUUAGCAUUUUUUGUUACGUGAAGAACUUUUAACAUCCCAGGAACCUUACCAUUGCACAAAAUGUUCUACAUAGUGGUCGUAAAAGGUACUCUGGAUUAUAAAACUCUUCUUCACACCAAGAAAAACUAUGCUGUUUGCUGAAAGUUUUGUUUUGAGAAACUAAUGCUGUGUAUUUUUAAGAGCGUAGCGGGUAAUUCUGAAUAUAGAGCUUAGAUCCGGGGCUUGAUUAUAACACUAAUAAACACACAGCAGCUUGGUACGAAAUAAUAGACAAAGCACAUCUCAAUAAAAAAAAAACAUUUCAGGAUAUAUGUAAAACUCAACAAACGAUCAUGUUUUAAACUAACGAGUGAAUAAUACAGAAAUAUAAUUGUAACUGUGCAUUUGAAAUGUUUUUAGUAAGUGCUUAAAUGUCCUGAACUUAUUUUUGUGUGUGCUAACUGAAGAUGAGCGUUCAGAAAAGCACUUCUGAAUAUAUAUAUUCCUGAUUUCAAAUGUAAUAUUUAUAGUGAUCAAAUGCUGUUGGGAACGGCGGAUUUGUUGCAGUCUUAACGACCAAAUAUCGUGCGGUCUAACAGUGCUUUAAAUGUGCUUGCUUGUUCAGCUGUUUAUUCUAAGGACUAAAAAAAAGCCAUGGUGGACUCUCUUUACCUCUUUAUUUGCUCGUUAUUAUUGUAAUAUGAUUUUUUUUUUUUUUAAUAUUUAAACGUUUGAAGGCAUUCCUUUCAUGUGUCGGUUCAGAUGCUAUUGAAUCGUGACGACUUUGUGAAUAUUUGAUAGGUUGGUUGUAUUUCUUCGCAGCUGGACCCCGUUUGUAAGAAAGGAAAUCUCAUCGAACAAGUCACAGAAAGCAUGAAAUCUCAUCGUUCUCCUCAAACAUGCAGAUAUGCGGUGUCUUGUAGCAUUAUGCAUAGAGGUUCAUGUGCCUUUAAAGAACAAAGCAAGCGUCGCUACAGCUUUGGCUCAUAGCUGUGCUGUUCUUGUGUUCAUCGGCUGUAACCUUUAGCCUUGACUACAUUUAUGCAUUAGAUGUGAGACUGAUGUUUUCGUUUGUAAUGUCCAUUUUGGAAAGCAGGCCAUUUUGAACUGAUGUUCUGUAGGUCGAAAUGUAUUGCUUAUACAAAUUUUGCUAUACUGUAAUACUUAACAUGAUUUUUGUUACAUCAUCCGUUAAUACUGAUUAAGCUGCUCUGUACAUGUAUUUUAAUCAAAGGUAAAAAAAAAAAAAAAAAAAAAUCUGAUUAUUGAUGGUGUUGAAUUAAUUGCAUGGUAAUAUUGAUGUAAGAUUUAUCACUGCUCUGGAAUAUGCAUAUUAUUUAUUUCAUCAAAUAAUGUGCCAUUUCAAUUAAAUUUUCCACUGUGCCUUCUUGUUCCUCACUUGUGAGAAGUGCAUUUAAAACGUACUUUAAAAGAGAAUAGUAAUUAUGAAAGCAAUAUACUUUACUAGGUAAUAUUUCAAACAUAAGUGUGCAUCUGAUGUAUGAUUAUUAUGGAACAAAUUGUUGUAUAUAAACUACAUGAACGUUACAUCUUAAAUGUAAGAAGCUAAAACUUUGCUUUUUGACUCAUUUUAGCAGCACUUAAUCAAAAUAUGUGAUUUUGUCAUUCAUAAUACAGCAUUUCCGCAUGUACUUUGGUCAGUGGCACUGAAAAUAUAAAGUUGUUCAAGGCAACUGUAAUUUAAUAAACCAUUUUACUGCUGUGUGCUGAAACUACAAUGCACUUCAGUAUUCUUCAAAACGCUUUCUGAAACUUUUGAUUAAAAAUUACUUCUUAAAAA